CUCCGAAUGAAACCCCAUUUUUAUUUGAUUAAAACCCCACCCGGUCAUUUCACCUUUUGGUCGGAGAAAUCGCCCAGCAGUGCCGCCACCACGAGUGGGUUCCUUCUCCGCCGUCUUUAGUUGAGCUUCUUUCCCUGCGCCGCCUAUCAUCACCACCGUAAAAUGAGCGCCACCACUUUCAGUCCAAUUUGUUUUGACAGAGGCCAUUGUUGGAACAAGGACUUGAGAAAGCAACAGCGUGUUGUUAAGUGUUCGAUCAAGAGUGGACACGCAACUUCACAAAAGACUGUUCGUGUUGGUGUUCUUGGAGCUAGUGGCUACACUGGUGCUGAGGUUCUUCGGCUUUUGGCAAAUCAUCCGGAAUUUGGAGUUGCAUUGCUGACUGCUGAUAGGAAAGCUGGGCAGUCGAUCUCAUCUGUAUUCCCUCAUUUGGGCCCACAAGACUUGCCAGAUUUGAUUGCAAUAAAGGAUGCUAAUUUUUCUGAUGUCGAUGCUGUGUUCUGUUGUUUGCCACAUGGAACCACUCAGGAUAUAAUUAAAGGCCUUCCAAAGCACUUGAAGAUGGUUGAUCUUUCUGCAGAUUUUCGUCUAAGAGAUAUUUCUGAGUACGAAGAGUGGUAUGGUCAGCCACACAAGGCACCGGAUUUGCAGAAAGAAGCUAUAUAUGGACUGACAGAGGUUUCAAGGGAGGAAGUAAAGAGUGCACGUCUAGUUGCUAAUCCUGGUUGUUAUCCAACUUCCGUUCAACUUCCUCUUGUCCCACUGAUAAAGGCUAGUCUUAUUCAGACUAGUAAUAUUAUUAUUGAUGCUAAGUCUGGUGUGAGUGGAGCAGGGCGUAGUGCCAAAGAAAAUUUGUUGUUCACUGAAGUCACUGAGGGGAUGAACUCUUAUGGUGUUACCCGGCAUCGCCAUGCUCCAGAAAUUGAACAGGGACUCACUGAUGCUGCGCGCUCAAAAGUAACUGUUAGUUUUACCCCACACCUGAUUCCAAUGAGCCGUGGUAUGCAAUCGACUAUUUAUGUAGAAAUGGCUCCAGGAGUAAGAAUUGAGGACUUGUACGAGCAACUGAAGCUCUCAUACGAGGAUGAAAAAUUUGUAGUACUGUUGGAAAAGGGCGUUAUUCCUCGAACUCAUAGUGUUAAAGGAAGUAACUACUGUUUAAUCAAUGUUUUUCCAGACCGAAUUCCUGGUAGAGCGAUUAUUAUAUCUGUGAUUGAUAACUUAGUGAAGGGAGCUUCAGGUCAGGCUUUACAAAACCUUAAUUUGAUAAUGGGAUUUCCAGAAGAUCUGGGGCUUCAUUACCUGCCCCUGUUUCCUUAGGGUAGUUAUCUUAUCCAACAAGAAUAAGUCAGAAUUUUUUAAGCCUAUUUCUCUUUGGCAUCUAUCCUUCAUGUAAACUUGUUAAUGGGUUGUUUCCAUCUAUUGCUUCUAUUGGCUUAUGCAGCAAGUAAUGGGCAGAAUCAAUUAGUCGGCUAGGACUGAUGGAAACAUUUUCUAAUUAUGGAAUCAAUUCUGGGGAUUGUAAUUUGUAUUUCUUCUGAAUUUUUAAGGCAAUUUGGUACAGCAGGGACACUAAGCAUAA